AUGAGGAUUUACAGGUGUUGGUUUUGUUCGAGUCCAAUAUACCCUGGUCACGGGAUUCUAUUCGUCAGAAAUGACUGUAAAGAAUUCCGUUUCUGUAGAGGAAAGUGUCAUAAAGCUUUUAGAAAGCAUAAAAAUCCUCGCAAAGUGAGAUGGACUAAAGUUUCCAGAAGAGUUCGUGGGAAAGAACUAACUGAUGAUCUCUCCCAAGCAUUUGAAAGGAAGCGAAAUUCAUUGUUGAAGUAUGAACGAGCAGCAGUUCGAAAAAUCGUCGAUGCUGUUCCAAAAAUUGAUCAGAUUAAACAUAAACGAGAAUCCGCGUUUAUUAAAAAAAGACUUUCUAAAGGAGUAGAGUUACGUAGAGAAGAAGAUAUUAAACUUGUUAACACACAAAUGCAUCUUAUUGAAGCCCCAGGAGCCAAAAGAAAACGUGAACUAAUGGAUAUUGAUUCCGAAUCAGGUUUGUCAGAAGAGGAAACAAUGGACCUUUCACUUACUGAACUCGAGAAGGAGACAAGUAAAAGGAAAGUGGUUGAUAAGUCAAAAACUCGUGGCAAGAAACAAAAAAUCGCUUUGGAAGCUAGCUGA